AUGCGGCUCCAACAUCUACUCGGCCAAGCCUUCCUCUUGGUGAUUCAGCCACAUCGGUGGAGAGGCAGGAAGGCGACGACAGUUGGUAGCCGUAAAAGGGCUCUGAGGAAAUGCAGGCACAGCAAGAUAGUUACCGCAAAUGGGCCGAGGGGUCGAAGGAUGAGGCUCUCCAUCGAUGUGGCACGGAGCUUUUUCCGACUACAGGACACGCUCGGCUUCGACAAGGCCAGCAAGACAGUGCAAUGGCUGCUCACCGUGUCCAAAGCUGCCAUCGAAGAGCUCGGCACCCUUUCCUCAGCCGAACAUAGCGGUUGCAGCAAUCGAAGCCCGAAAAGUGAAUCAUCCGCUUUGGUAUGCCAGGAUUCGUCCGCUAUUUCUAGCUCCAAGAACAAGUCCUCCACCGUGACCGCUGCAGCCAGGGAAGUAAAGAAGAGCAAAGCCAGAAAAGGAGGUGUUAAGCCGUCGAGGAAGGUGGAGUACCACUCAGCGCUUGCGAGGGAGUCGAGGGCCAAGGCAAGGGCGAGAGCAAGAGAGAGGACGAGGGAGAAGCAAAGGAUGACUUCCUUGGAUAUCAUCAAGGAAGAAACAAGCUUGAACAAUAUGAACUCAUUGAUGGAGUUUGCUAAUAUAGAGGAAGACGAAUCUUGCGCACCGAACUGGUGCUUGAACGUAGCCAGCGACACAGCCGCAGCCUAUGAAGUCCCAGUGAUUCCGGUCUUUGAGAAUAGCCAGGAUAACCACGGCAAUCAAUGA